ACUUGUGUACCCACACCGUCUUCAAAGGGCCACUGGGUUUCACUCCCUGUUCCGUUCAAGGACCCACAAGCUGCAUGUACAUUCCUGCUUGUCCAUCUGCAGGCGCCGCAGGCAGUGCAUUGUCUGGUCCUUGUGUUCCGUACUGGGACUCCAUAUACCCCCAAUCCUGUAUGCAGGACAGUCCCGCGGGAUCACUGGCAGAGGCCAUGAUCACAGAGAGAUUCAUGGACAAGCAGCGAACAAUAUCCAGCCACGCGGCACCGGCGCGUGGCCAUAUACAUAUAUAUUUUUUUGAAUCACGUACUUUCUCAGUCGUGGGAGAUGCUCGAGUUGCUGACGUGGCUGUCGCUAAUAGGCUGAGGAGGCGGCAUUUGCCGCUUGUAGCGGAGGCGGAAGAGCGGGAGAGGGGGGAGGAGGGGGGGAGCAGCCGCCGCCGCCGACGGCCGCGCCGGGGGCUCGAUUCCAGGUCGCACUAUCACCUCCCCGCCGGCCUGCCAGCAGCAGCAGGAGCAGGAGCAGGAGGAGCUAUCGCCGUCGGACAGUCGGGAUCCCUUCGUCAGCCUUCCGCAGGAAUCCUUGUCAGACCCGUCAGCGGGAGAGUCGAGAUCCCGUUGUCAGCAGCAUCAGCAGCACCAGCGGCAGACUGUUGUGGUCUCCCCCCCCCCCCGUCCCAGAUGACGAUCAGUGGGGCUCCAUCUACAACACGAACACGUGGCAGUCGCUGGCGUGCUUUCCAUCUUUCUGCCAUAGCCACAGCCAUAGCCGUUCUUCUUGCUGCUGGUUUUCUGGAAGAUGCUACUAGGAGCUGUCACGUGGAUGGAGCCUUUCUCCCCACUGCAGCAGGAGGGGGAGGAGGAGGAAGAGGAGGAGGGGCUGGGUAUGGUGGCCGCUCGGUAUUGAGGGAUAAUGAGGUGGCAUUGCGAGGGGGAGGUGAGCAUCAGCCACGUGGCAGUUUGAAUGCGGGGGAAGCGCAUCGAGUUCUUCAAGAUGCAAGCCAACCUGCCGAUUUAGGAAAGGUGGUUGGGGGGAGGGAAAUCAACAUUGCUCAUGCUCCUUAUCAAGCCAGCAUCUUUCUGGAGUUGUUCGUGAACGACACCGCAGGACCUGUCCUACUCAACGUGUGUGCAGGAACUCUCAUUGAUCCAGAGUACAUCAUCUCAGCUGCUCACUGCUUUGUCGAGGAGUCUCGGGGCAACGCGAACCUAGCUGACCUAGCGUUAUUGUCGCCAAACGCUUCAUCAUACAUUGUUCGGCUUGGAUCCACUUCAGUGAAGGAAGGGCUAGAUGUCCGCGUUAAGAACUACUGGUUGCAUCCAGAGUUCAGAGUCGUGACGAGUUUGCUGUUCAACGACGUGUCACUUUUUCGCCUUGAGAGACCCGUGCCUAUCAAUGACACCAUCAUGCCAGUAAAGCUCGCCUUCAGCGACGACGUGCUCGUCACCGGGUCGGACAUUGGUAUCACUGGAUGGGGUGAUACUACAUUUGAGGGCGACGCGAGCACCGUUCUGUUGGGAGCGACAGUGGACCUUCUUCCCGAUGUUUGUCCCAACAGCGCUAUCUAUAAGGCUGCGUACGACCCGAAAGUGAUGCUGUGUGCUGGCUGCAGAGAGGGGGGCGUCGACGGGUGUCAGGGUGAUAGUGGGGGACCUGCAACAACCUCUUCGAACUCGACGGGAUGUCCUGUCCUCGUUGGCAUUACGAGCUUUGGUGGCGUUUGUGGUAGCCCUGAGUCUCCAGGGGUUUACACACGCGUGGCCACCUUAGUGGACUGGGUGGAGAAGCAAGCGGGGAGGUCGUUUCGCAGCCAGUACCCAGUCGUGCCCACUAAGGACUGCCAGCUAUGUGGGCGGAGUAACGACUCAAACGUGCAAUCGCUGCCAUGUGGUGACCUGCCGGUGCCUUCAUUCGACAAGACAAGGUGUAAGCUUGAGGCCUGGAUGUCCUCUGCAUUCAAGUUCCGGUUCUUGCACCCUUGCUCGGAAAACGCAACCAGUUGCACUGCAAACGGCACUGGCGCCGCUCCUUGUGGGGCGCAAGUUGAGGCCUUUUUCGAUCCUGGCUCCUUUGGGUCUUUCACUCCUACUGGCAGUCUAACCUUUCUACAGGGAAGGCCAGGGGGUUCAACCAAGAUCACGCUUCGGCGGAUGGCGAUAACUGUUCCGCUGUCGGGAAAGAUAAGACGUCGACGUGCCGUGGCCUCCAAAGAUGGCCAUUGGAGAACCGUAUGGGCACCGGGAGUGCAAAGACCGGAGAGGGUUUGCAGUGAUUACUAUGCAUAUGCGGCAGUGUUCAUUACCAAGGACGCGAGCCUCGUGCAGGUGUCGUACCCGGUCUCUUACUCAAACUCACGCAGGUAGCAGCAUUGUGGCCCACGUGGGCCGAGAAGAAGGCCGACAGGUAGAAGCAGGCGUGAUCGUCUUCUUAGCCAGCUCUAUUGCUGACUAGGUUCUCUGAGGUUCUCUGAAUUAUUUGCAUAAAGCGUAGCAAACAUCGCAUUAAAGCGAGAGAGACAACAUAAUUAUGAUUCUUAUACAAGGAGUCUUUAACAUAAUGUGCUGCAGCUGUGCACGUGUGGGGAUUGUUGAUGCAUGCACACAAGCACAGUUCGGUGAAGUCAGGGGCGGCAGAUAUAGUUAAUUAGUAAUUACAAUGGGAAUUUCAGAACCAAGGCCUGAAUAAUAUCAGUCGUAGAAAGGUUGAGGGAAAAAAAAAAAAAAACAGCAUCGAUCACUCGGGAGACCUCCGUAUUUACCCUGAUUCCUGAACAAAUUUUGUUCGCAUAU